UGGGGAAUUAUCAGAUUAUCAUGGAAACCUCUAACAUCGAUCAAACUUCAGCUACAUUGUCAGUCUGAAUCCGACGUAACUUCGAAAAUGCCGCUCGACGAUUUAAGUAAACUAGUGGACCACAGUGACCCAAGGAACAUCCCUUCUACUGAAACUCUUUUAUCAAAAUACAACAUACCGAUCACCCAUUUCGACUUCGACUACGUCAAGACUUGCAACGAUGGCAGAGAGUUGGAGAAGAUGUUGCAAAUAUUGCGAUCAGGCGAAGAAGGAUAUUACCCGGACCUGGCUAAAUGCACCGAAGAUCGUCUGCGCGUUGUGAAGCCCAAGAGCAAGCAUUUAAAGGAACAAGUUCGAGUGCUGAGGAAAAACGAACUAAAUAAAGAAGAAGUUAAUGAAAUCAACAGCGACUUGGAGCAUUUCGUGUCUGAUGUCAACAAGAAGGACAAGGAACUGGACAGCAGAAAAUGCAAGAAAACCUUUUGCGAUGUGGAGGUUAGGCGUUGCAAAACGGAAAUUGUCGAGGAAAAUAACAAAGUCAACGAUAAAAGAAUAGCAGCGACAGAUUACAGUUCGUGGGAUAAAUACGACCCGGACACGGAGUUGUUGAAAAUGGACAUCGAAGACGAGAAGGAGAAAAAGACCGCCUUGGAAGAGAAGGAAAAGAAGGAGAAGGAACUCAAGCAACUCAAGGAGAAGUCUGGGAAAACGAAAGCGAAAAAAUCCGUAACUUUCAAUCAAUUCGCCACUGAAGCAGAAGCAAUUUUCCAUUCGGAGAGGGAACGGGAGAAAGGGAACGAAUUUUUCAGAGCUGGGGAUUUCGAGGAUGCUCUUCACUGCUACUCCAACAGCAUUCGCAUGAAAACUUCCGUUAAUAACCUCAACAACAGAGCUGUUACUUACCUUAAAUUGAAGAAAUACGAGGAAGCUCUUAAGGAUUGCAACAAGGUUCUGACGAUCGAUAAGGAAAACAUUAAAGCCAACAUCAGGAAGGCGGAAGCUUUGAAAAAGCUCCAAAGGUACGAAGAAGCUAUGGAUGCCAUUGAAUUGGCCAUACAGAAAGAUCCGAACAAUCCUGCCUCUCAGGAACUGGCUGAUGCUAUCAGGAAAAAAUGUUGCAGGGAAGUACAAAAUACUAGAAUGAAGAUAAUUGAAAUUGAAGAGUAAUAUGUGUAUCACAGGAUAUAAUUCUGAUUGUAUUUCAUAAUUUUGUUAUAAAAGUAACACCUGCAGGUCUGGCGAGAAAUAUUUCUUUAAAUAGAAAGUUAUGAAGGUAAUAAAAAAGAUUUUUGUACGUAA